CUUAGUAGUCUACAUAUCAAUAAACAAGGACAACCACACCAGUUGAUGCAGUGCGCUGCUCUUUUAAAACAUUGUUGGAUGACUGAAGACUACACUGUUGUUUAAAUCUGAGAAUCUCAUUCAGCUUUCCUGAUGGAGAGGCUCAAGUCUAGCCAGGGGGAGUAUGAAAACCCUGCUUUUGAUGCGAUACUGGGUGAUCCUCCUGUCUAUGAGGAGACCAACUUAUCUAAUGGGGAAAACCGGACUGUGCGGCCCUCGGUGGUUAGUGCUUUUGGUCAUGACACUUUGGACAGAGUGCCCAACAUUAACUUCUAUCGUAAUGCAGGCAGUGUGAGUGGUCACCGGGCUGUGCGACCUUCCCUCCAGGAGCUCCACGAUGUCUUUCAGAAGGUGAGUAAUGGAGCAAUCUCUGUGCCAGACACUGUUCAGGACAGUGGUGAGGGGAGUGACGGGACCCCCUCUGACGAUGUGGAAUCUGCCGAUCCCAUUGUCAGCGACAAAGGAGCAGUAAAGUUUGGCUGGAUAAGGGGUGUCUUGGUGAGAUGCAUGCUGAACAUCUGGGGUGUGAUGCUUUUCAUCCGUCUGUCCUGGGUGUUUGGACAGGCAGGCUGGGGUCUGGGAAUUGUGGUUAUCGCUCUGAGCUGUGUGGUGACCACCAUUACUGGCCUUUCCAUGUCAGCCAUUUGCACUAACGGUGUGGUCAGAGGAGGAGGAGCCUACUACUUGAUAUCUCGCAGUUUGGGACCAGAGUUUGGCGGGUCAAUUGGUCUGAUUUUCGCCUUUGCCAACGCAGUGGCUGUAGCUAUGUAUGUGGUGGGAUUUGCUGAGACGGUGGUCGAUUUGCUCGUGGAACAUGAUCUCCUUAUGGUGGACCCAUUGAAUGACAUCAGAAUUGUCGGAGUCAUUACAGUGGUUUUUCUGCUGGGCAUAUCAGUUGCUGGAAUGGAAUGGGAGGCCAAGGCACAGAUUGUUCUUCUCGUUAUCUUGCUGGUAGCCAUAGUGAACGUAUUUGUGGGAACAUUCAUUCCUGCAACUAAUGAUAAGAAAUCCGAAGGCUUCUUUAAUUAUCAAUCGAAUAUCUUCUUAGAGAAUUUCCCUCCAAAUUUUCGAGAUGGUGAGAGUUUUUUCACAGUGUUUUCCAUCUUUUUCCCUGCUGCAACUGGGAUCCUGGCUGGAGCCAACAUCUCUGGAGACUUGCAGGAUCCUCAAGCAGCCAUACCUAAAGGUACCCUGUUGGCAAUCUUAAUCACAGGCAUCACCUACCUGGCUGUUGCCCUUUCUGUCUCUGCCUGCGUUGUCCGAGAUGCCACAGGAAAUGUAACUGACAUCAUUGCUGCCGGUAUGCAAUGCGGCAAUAGUUCCGCAGUUUCUGCUUGUGAGCUCGGCUAUGAUUUCUCCUCCUGCGCAGAAAAAAGCUGCAAAUUUGGCUCAAUGAACAACUUCCAGGUGAUGACCAUGGUAUCUGGAUUUGGUCCCCUCAUCAUUGCUGGAACGUUCUCAGCCACCCUUUCAUCCGCCCUGGCUUCCCUUGUCAGUGCUCCCAAAGUCUUCCAGGCACUGUGUAAAGACAACAUCUACAAGGCCCUGCACUUCUUUGCUAAGGGAUAUGGCAAGAACAAUGAGCCAAUCCCUGGAUACGUCCUCACUUUCAUUAUUUCUGUGGGCUUCAUUCUCAUUGGUAACCUCAACAUCAUUGCUCCUAUCAUCUCAAACUUCUUCUUGGCAUCUUAUGCUCUCAUCAAUUUCUCCUGUUUCCAUGCAUCCUACGCCAAGUCUCCAGGUUGGAGACCAGCAUAUAAAUUCUACAACAUGUGGCUAUCUCUGGUGGGAGCAGUGCUCUGCUGUGCUGUUAUGUUUGUUAUCAACUGGUGGGCUGCUCUCCUCACAUACGGCAUUGAAAUCCUCCUCUACAUUUAUGUGACAGUCAAGAAGCCAGAUGUAAACUGGGGUUCAUCCACACAGGCUGUGACAUUUGUGAGUGCAGUCGGCAAUGCUCUGUCACUAACUGGAAUAGAUGAUCAUGUCAAGAACUUCAGGCCUCAGAUUUUAGCAUUGACAGGUUCAGCACGGUCCAGGCCGGCUCUCCUAGACCUGGCUCACUCCAUUUCAAAGAACUAUGGACUUUGUAUCACCUGUGAUGUGUUUGUGGGCCCGAGAUCAGAGGCCCUUGAAGAAAUGAAUGCUGGCAUGGAGAAGAACCAGCAGUGGCUGAGGAAAACCAAACGCAAGGCAUUUUACGCUGCUGUGGCCUGCAACAAAUUCAGGGAAGGGACUGAAAGCCUGCUGCAGGCUUCUGGGCUUGGUCGUAUGAAGCCUAACAUACUGAUGAUGGGCUUCAAGAAAAACUGGAGGGCUUCAAGCACAGAGGAUUUGCUGACUUAUGUGGGAGUGCUGCAUGACGCAUUUGACUUUGAGUAUGGAACAGUGGUGUUGAGGAUGGACCAGGGACUUGAUCUGUCACACCUUGUCGAAGCAGAAGAAGAGAUGCUGAAGGCAGCGAAGGAGCAACAAUCACUUGAGACUGACAUGAAUGGAAAGAAAUCCAGAGGAAUGUUCAGGAAGUCCAGAAAUUCCUCUCAGCAAGUGCUCACCACCAGAGUGUCAGUGUGCGGUCCUCCACCCCCGCAGGUUGCCAAGAUGAAUGAGAGGCUGAAAGAGGCCAGUGCUCAGUUCAAGAAGAAACAGCCUAAAGGCACCAUUGAUGUGUGGUGGCUGUUUGACGAUGGAGGUCUUACCCUUCUGCUCCCCUACAUCCUCACCACCAGGAAGAAGUGGAAGGACUGUAAAUUAAGGAUCUUCAUUGCAGGGGAGCCUGGACGCAGUGAGGUGGAUAAACAGGAGAUGAAGUCCCUCUUGGAGAAAUUCAGAAUUACCUACUCUGAGAUCAUUGUCAUUGAUGACCUCCACGUCAGACCCAGCUCUAACAGCUUGAAGAAGUUGGACGACAUGAUCGAGCCUUUCCGUCUGCAUGAGGGUUCUAAAGACACCCCCCAGGCUGAAGCUAUGCGGAAGGAGCAUACCUGGAAAAUCACUGAUGAAGAGCUGUCAACAUUCGAGGAGAAGACCAACCUCCAGAUACGACUGAAUGAGUUGCUUCAGGAAAAAUCCAAAUCAGCCAAUCUGAUCAUUGUGAGCAUGCCAAUUGCCCGUAAAGGGUCUGUCUCUGAUCACCUCUACAUGGCCUGGCUCGAAGUUCUCACACAGGACCUCCCACCCACCCUGCUCAUUAGAGGAAACCACAAGAGUGUGCUUACUUUCUACUCUUGA